UAAAUUUUUAAAUCGUACCAUUUUUGACGGCCCACCGAUGUCUUUUCGUGUUAAAGUCCUAUUUGUUGACCUUGCUUUCUUUGCUUUCUUGACAGUAAACUUCUUGGUUUAAAAAAAAAAUUAUAUUCACUUAUACAAUUAUAAUUUUAUGUUAGUUUUCACAAAAGUGAUCAAUGUGCAUAUGUAUCAGUUUUGUUUAUGUAUUAUUAUAUGAUUUUGUAUAGUUAGUUUCUUUAUUAUUCUAAUCAGUUUGAUUUUUUAUUCAAUCACUUUUUUUAUAUCUUAGACUUAUCUAUAAUGUAUUCAUCAAAUAAUACGUAAAUUAUUUUAAUUGUUUAACAUUAACAAACAUCAUAAUGCAUUCAAUCAACUCCAUCAUACGGCAGUCAACUGGCAUUCGUAACAUGUCUUGUUUUAUUUUACCUGAAGUCCAUACAAAAUUAAAGAAUGUAUGUCGAGAAUUCUCUGAAGUUGAAUUACGGCCUAUAGCUGCUACACUGGACAAUAAACAAAUAUUUCCUUCUAAACAAAUAAAACAAUUAGCUGAUUUAGGAAUUAUGGGAUUAGUAGUUGACAAGAAAUAUGGUGGUUUUGGGGCAGACUCUCUUGCUAUGUCAGUAGCUGUAGAAGAAAUAUCUAGAUGCUGUGGUGGAACAGGUACUAUAGUUAGUAUUCAUAAUGCUCUAUAUGCAGGUAUAAUGAACAAGAUUGGCACUCCAGAUCAAAAAACAAAAUUUCUAUCUCAUUUUAUAAAAAAUGGAAUUGUUGGGUGUUUUGCUCUUAGUGAACCAGGCAGUGGUAGUGAUGCUGCCAAUAUGUGUACAGUAGCAAAACGUAAAGGAAAUAAUUGGGUAUUAAAUGGUACAAAAGCUUGGGUAACAAAUGGUAUUGAAGGCGGUGCAAUUAUUGUGAUAGCUCGUUCAGAUCUCUCCAAAGGCCAUAAAGGAGUAUCUGCAUUUAUUGUUCCAACAAAUAGUCCAGGACUGACAAAGGGCAAAAGAGAUGAUAAAUUGGGUAUUAGAGCGGCAUCUUCUUGUAAUAUUAUACUGGACAAUGUUAUUGUUCCAACUGAAAAUAUGUUGGGCAAUGAAGGUGAUGGUUUCAAAAUAGCUUUAUCUGGAAUCGAUUUAGCUAGGAUUGGUAUAGCAUCUCAAGCAUUAGGCAUAUCCCAAGCAGCAUUGGAUUGUGCUAUAGACUAUGCCGGAAAGAGAAUUGCUUUUGAUAAUGCUAUAAUUAAAUUAUCAGCUGUUCAACAAAGAUUAGCUAAAAUGGCUACACGAUUGGAAGCAGCUCGACUCUUAACAUGGAAAGCAGCAUGGUUAAGAGAUAAUGAUCAACCUUUCACUAAAGCAGCAUCAAUGGCCAAAUUAGAAGCAUCACAGACCGCGACAUUUGUUACACACAAUUGUAUACAGAUUCUUGGGGGAGUAGGAUAUGUUAAAGACAUGCCAGCUGAACGACAUUAUAGAGAUGCAAGAAUAACUGAAAUAUAUGCAGGCCCAACUGAUAUUCAAUAUUUAGUUAUUGCUGAAAAUCUAGCAAAAGAAUAUGGACUUAAAACUAGAUAAAACUUCAAACUAUAUUUUUUUCUGUAAUUCUAUGAAUAUUGGUGGUGGAGAAUUUAUAUUUCAAGACUGUUAUUUUUUAAAAUUUAUAAAUUAUUAAUUAUAUAAAAUAUAACAAGUAAUUUAUAUGCAUAUGUUCAAAGGGAAGAAAACUACAUUUCAAAAUUAAAAUAUCUACCUUUAUU